AUGGACCGAAGAUUUGAAUGGGUCCAAGAGAAAACUUGCCUCGGCCUGGCCAUUGCUCCCGAGCUCUUCGAGCAGGCGCUCAGCAGCUACGACAACAGGACAAAGAUUACUGGCUUCUUAGAUGGAGCCGAGUCAACGUCUGCUCUGCUCUUCGCCCUUGAGGAAACCACUAUCUACGUUGAGGAGUAUCAGGAUGUAUUAGUAGAGGAGCAAGACCCGUCGUUCCACGUGGAAGGGGAGGAAACCGUCGAUGCUGAAAACGCGGCGGGUGAUGGCACUGAAGACUCUUCUUCCGCUGCCGUGGCCGACGGGUCAGCGGGUGCUGCCGAGGGUGCCGCGGCCGUGAGCUCGGCUGAUGGCGCUGCCUCGGGUGAGGGCGCCGACGGCUCUCCAGGUGGGGAGGACGGUGAGGGUGGCGGCGACGGCGAGGAGGGCAGCCAGUCCAACGAGCCUCCUUCGCCGCCGCAGCCCAAGUACAUCCGCAAAGUCAUCAGCGUGCCCAAAGUCGUUAACAAACUGAGCAUUGCGCUGGGCAGCCUGCCGGAGGAGCUCAGCAGCUGCCCCGCCUUUUACUUCAUCCUUAACCGCCCCGGCCGCGUCAACGUGGAUGAGCUAGAUGCUGUCGUGGAGUUCGGGCUGCUGAGUGAGGGCCCCUCGCUGCGCAUCCUCGAGCAGAUGCUGUCGGCCGUGUUCGUACCGACGCUACUGCAGAUGAGCGGCGGCGAUGUGGCGGCUGGCGGUGUGCUGAUGCAGUCUGUGACCAACAGCUCCCACCGGGAGUUGCUAGUCAACAUGCAGAAGUUCCACAGCCAGGUUACGCAGGCGCUGCAGCAGCUCACCGGGGACGUCACCCUGCAGGUUCCCGACAUUCCGCUGGAGGACGUGGACCGAGCUGCAGCGGAUAGCGACCUCAUCAAUCAACUGGAGCUCUACAUGGCGGACUGGUCGCAGGUCCUGGCGAGCGUGCUGCAGCGGGAGAGCCAGAAACAUCCCACUGGGAAGGGCCCGUUGGCAGAGAUUGAGUUUUGGCGCGAACGCAAUGCCGUACUUUCGAGUUUGUACGAGCAGCUAAAUCUGCCGCAGGUCAAACGCAUGAUCAGCGCCGUGGAGAAGGGCUCCUACGACCGCAACCUCAUCGCCGGCUUCAAGUCGCAGCUGGGCGAGCUGACCAAGCUUGCUACCGAGGCGCGCGACAACGUCAAGUUCCUCACCACUCUGGAACGCCACUUCAAGAACAUUGCGGCCGGGCCUUUGGCUGGCAUCCUGGACACGUUGCCGCCGAUGAUGAACGCGCUCCGCAUGGUGUGGAUUAUCAGUCGCCACUACUCUGACGAUCAGCGCAUGGGCAGCCUGUUCCAGCGCAUCGCGCGCGAGAUUGGCGACCGCAUCGAGUCGGCCGUUGAUCUGCGGCAUAUCUUCCGGAUGUCCUCCGCGGACGCAGUAGAGCUGCUCAAGGUGUGCAAGAGCGUGCUGGAGCACUGGUUGUCUACCUACAUGGCGAUGCGUGAAAAGAUUGAGCUGAGUGGCCGUGACGCGCGCUGGGAGUUUCCUAAGCAGCUGCUCUUCGCACGUACUAACUACAUGGCGGAGAUUUGUGCGGACCUGAUAGAGAUGGUGGAGAUUGUGGAUGACUUUUUCCGCUUCCUGGGUCCCGAGCUGAAGGCAGUGACAGGCGAUACGGCCGGAAUCGAUCGCGUGGUACACCGCGUGGUGGCCAUGUACGAGCCCAUCGAGUCGAUCAAUUUCAACGUGUUUGACUUCGCUAAUGGGCACGAGUGGAAGGCUGCCAAGGCACAAUUCUACUCGGACAAUGAGGACAUCAAGGCCGCCACACGCGAGCUCAUCGACACGUCCUUCCGCAAGUUGAGGUCCGCGGAGGGCGCGUGUGAGCUGCUCCAAAGCUUCAAGUCCAUUAAAUCCAAGGGUGCCAUCCAGAAGCAGGUCAUGAACAAGUUUAACGACAUUCUGGAGCAGUUUGCACGUGAGAUUGAGCAGACGGCGGAGAUUUUUGAGAAGAACAAAGACGCGCCGCCCGUGACUAAGAAUCAGCCGCCAGUGGCCGGAGCGAUCAAGUGGGUGCGCUCGCUGCUGGAGAGGCUCAAGCGCACCAUGGCCAAGCUAUUGUCCACGGAGGAGGAGAUUGUCCGCACGACGGAGGUGGGUCAGGCUGUGGAGGCCAAGUUUAAGGCGUUUGCGCGGGCGGUAAUGCAGACAGAAAAGAAGUGGUUCAGCGGUUGGAGCGACACCAUCAACGGCGUGGCCAUGCAGCACCUUAAGCAGACCAUCUUCCGCCGCAACCCCACCACCAACCGCGUGGAGGUCAAUUUCCACUCCGACCUGGUGCGCCUGAUCCGCGAGACACGCUACCUGGACCGUAUGGGCUUCCCUAUCCCCGAGAUUGCGCUCAACGUGGCGCUCCAGGAGGACAAGUUCCUGCAGUGGCUAGAGGGGCUCAACUCCAUGCUAGCAAAGUACUACGAGUCCAUCGACCAGUUGACCUCGGUGGAACGUGAACUCAUGGAGCGCAAGUUGGAGGAGCUGGAGAGCUGCCUGCAGCCCGGCUUCACCAUCCUCAACUGGAACAGCCUGGGCAUCACGGAGUUCAUCGGCGCUUGCGACAAGGCGAUCGCCACCUUCCAGCAGCUGGUCAAGCAGGUGCAGAAAAACAGCGGCAUCAUAGAGCAGGUCGUCUACGCCAUUGCCAGCUCACAACUUGUGUCCGAGGCAGAGGAGGGUGCCGAGGUGAUGGACCUCCAGGAGUUUUACGAGCACAUUGAGCGGCAGCGGCUGGCAGUGUUGGAGGCGCUGGUAAAGAAGUACCGCACCAUCAGUCCACUGCUGGGCAAGAUAGAGGAGGUGGUGGCUGGAACCAACAGCGGAAAGUCACCCGCGCUAGCUGGCUAUUACGCAUUCUGGGAGCGUGCCAUAUUCAACGCACUAAAUACCAUGGUGCUUAAUGCCAUGACUACGCUGCAGACCAUGAUUGACGAGCGUUCGCGAUUUUUUGGCGCCCAGCGGCGGCCGCCGCUGUUCAAGGUGACUGUGUCGCUUCAGAGUGUGGACGUGGUAGUUCAGCCGCCAAUGGCCGAGGUGAACAAGGCGCUGGGCCGGCUGGUGCGCAGUCUGGUGGAGUCCACCAAGAGCUUCGUACGCUGGAUGGACGGCACCUGCAUUGAGACGCCAGAGCAACGCGGCGCGUCGGACGAUGACGAACCCAUCGUGUUCACCUUCUAUUGGGACGUGGCGGCAAACCCGCAGGUGAUCAAGACCAUGCUUCAGCUGAACCAGUCCAUCCAAAAGGCUAUCACCUCGGUCAACAAGUACACAGAGAGCUGGCGGCGGCACCAGUCGCUGUGGAAAACGGACAAGAGCAGUGUACUUGACAAGUUCAAGGCGAGGGACCCUUCGGCGGCGCACUUUGAGGACAAGCUGUCCAAAUACGCAAAGAUGGCGGUGGAAAUCUCAGCGCAGGCUAAGGAUUUCGACCAGGACUUUAUCCGAGUUUCCUGCCACGCGCUUGCGUCGUCCGUGUGCGACGAGGCACUGGCAUGGGUGCGCGCAAUUGCGCAGACCAUGCGCGAGCUGGACGCAAUCACGGAGGCGGCGCUGCGAGACAAGAUCGCCAAGUUCCAGGCUGCGCUUCACCGACCACCCAAUACACUGGAGGAGCUCAAGCAGGUGCUCAACACCGUCAAUACCAUCAGGGGUGAGAGCAUGGUGAUGGAGCUGCGCUACACGGACCUGGAGGAGCGCUACCGCACCCGCCUCCUGUACGCCACUCACCCUGAGGAGACCGCCCUGUGCGAGGCGGAGCUCAAGUCUGCGUGCGAGGUCCGCCAGCUAUGGCUGUCUCUCCUCAGCGAGGCGGACGAGGUGGACUGGUCACUUGAGGAUACCAAGAAGAAGUUCUCGGAGACGACACGGAUGCAGGUGGUGGACUUCUCUGCCUACACUGCAGAGCUGUGGGAGCGUUUCCGCACCAGCGGCCCCGGGCUGCCCACGGUGGAGCUGGUGGUGGGCCUGGACGAGCUGCACAAGUACGAGGCGAGCUUGCAGGAUGCGCUCCGGCAGCGUGAGCAGCUGGUGCUGGCAGAGAAGCUGUUCGACAUGGCCAUCACUGCAUAUCCCGAGCUGGCGCAGCUGGAGGCGGAAAUCCGGAAGUUGGGACAGGUGUACGGCGUGUAUGCCGAGCACGCCGAAGCUGUGCGUCAGUACUCGAGCCAGCUAUGGAGCGAGCUGGAUGUGGGCAAGAUGAUGACGGGCACGGAGGCGGUGCUGACCAAGCUGCGCAAGCUCAAGAAUCUCAAGCUGCUGCCAGUGUACGAGUUGGUGGAGAAGGAGAUCCAGGGCUUCUACAACUCGCUGCCGCUCAUGAAGGAGCUCAAGAGCGAGGCGUUGAGGAAGCGGCAUUGGAGCCGGUUGAUGGAAGUGACGGGCCAGGAGUUCGACAUGGACCCCAAGACCUUCACGCUGGGCAAUAUGUUUUCUAUGCAGCUCCACAAAUAUGCGGAGGAAAUUGGGAAGAUCACCAACGCGGCCAUCAAAGAGCUCACGAUCGAGUCAGAGAUCAAGAAGCUGGCGGACGUGUGGCGCGAGCAGCGCUUCGAGCUGGGCAAGUACAUGAAGGGCCCCGAGGACCGCGGUUGGGUGCUGCGCUCUACCGAAGACAUCCUGGUGCUGCUGGAGGAUAUGGGUCUCAACCUGCAGUCAAUGAUGGCGUCACCCUUUGUGCGGCCCUUCCUCACGGAGGUCCGAGCCUGGGAGCAGAAGCUCUCCCUUAUCGGGGAGUGCAUCGAGGUGUGGAUGCACGUGCAGCGCAAGUGGAUGUACUUGGAGAGCAUCUUUGUCGGCUCGGACGACAUCCGGCACCAGCUGCCCGCGGAGGCCAAGCGUUUCGACAACAUCGACCGGCAGUGGCAGAAGACCAUGAACGAUACGGCCAAGAACACGGUGGUAUUAGACGCAUGCAUGGCCGACGGUCGGCUGGACCUACUCAAGAGCCUGUCGGAGCAGCUGGAAAUCUGCCAGAAGAGCCUGUCAGAGUACCUGGACACCAAGCGCUGUGCCUUCCCGCGCUUCUUCUUCAUCUCGGACGACGAGCUGCUGUCCAUUUUGGGAACCAGCGACCCCACCAGCGUGCAGGAGCACAUGCUCAAGUUGUUUGACAACUGUGCAGCGCUGGUAUUCGGGCGCGGUAACAAGACCAUCACCGGCAUGGUUAGCAGUGAAAAGGAGGGCUUUGAGUUUCGCAAUGUGGUGCCCAUUGAGGGCGCGGUGGAAUUGUGGAUGACCACCGUGGAGGCGGAGAUGCGCAAGACGCUUUACCAGAUAACCAAGGAGGGCAUCUUCUACUACGCAAAGUCUCCCCGCACCAAGUGGAUCAGCGAGAACCUGGGUAUGGUGACACUGGUGGGCAGUCAGAUCUGGUGGACGUGGGAGACAGAGGACGUCUUCCGCCGGGUGCGAGACGGCAACAAGCAUGCCAUGAAGGAGUUUGCAGCCAAGCUCACGGGACAGCUGUCCGAGCUGACCGGCAUGGUGCGCAGCGAUCUGAGCAACGAGGUGCGCAAGAAGGUCAACACGCUCAUCAUCAUCGAUGUGCACGCGCGCGACAUUAUUGACACCUAUGUGCGCGACUCCAUCGUGGACGCCCGCGAGUUUGCGUGGGAGAGCCAGCUACGCUUCUACUGGGACCGCCAACAGGACGACAUUCUCAUCCGCCAGUGCACGGGUCUCUUCAAGUACGGCUACGAGUACAUGGGACUCAACGGCCGCCUGGUCAUCACCGCCCUCACCGACCGCUGUUACAUGACCCUCACUACGGCCCUCACAUACCGCUUGGGGGGUGCGCCGGCAGGCCCAGCAGGGACAGGCAAAACGGAGACCACCAAGGAUUUGGCCAAGUCGAUGGCGCUGCUGUGCGUGGUGUUCAACUGUGGUGAAGGACUGGACUACAAGGCGAUGGGCUCCAUCUUUAGCGGCCUGGUGCAGUGCGGUGCUUGGGGCUGCUUUGAUGAGUUCAACCGCAUCGAGGCGGAGGUGUUGUCCGUGGUGUCCUCCCAGAUCAAGCAGAUCCAGGAGGCGCUAAAGAACGACCUGACACGCUUCCAGUUUGAGGGCAAGGAGAUCAACAUCGACCCGCGCACCGGCAUCUUCAUCACCAUGAACCCGGGCUACGCGGGUCGUACUGAGCUGCCGGACAACCUCAAGGCCUUGUUCCGUCCCGUGACCAUGGUGGUUCCUGACCUUGAACAAAUUUGUGAGAUCAUGUUGUUCUCGGAGGGCUUCGACAGCGCCAAGGUGCUCGCCAAGAAGAUGACGGUGCUGUACAAGCUGUCCCGCGAGCAGCUUUCCAAGCAGCACCACUACGACUUUGGGCUGCGUGCGCUCAAAUCGGUGCUGGUCAUGGCCGGAUCGCUCAAGCGCGGCGCGCCUGACAUGUCGGAGCAGCUGGUGCUGAUGCGCGCGCUGCGCGACAUGAACCUGCCAAAGUUCAUAUUCGACGACGUGCCACUGUUCCUGGGACUCAUCAACGACCUGUUCCCAGGUAUGGACUGUCCCCGGGUGCGCUACCCCCAGUUCAAUGACGUGGUAGAGUCAGAUUUGGCGGACCAGGGCUACAAGGUGCUCACGGAGCCCAGCGAGCAGGUUGACAAGAUUGUGCAGCUGUAUGAGGUGAUGAUGACCCGCCACACGACCAUGGUGGUAGGGCAGACGGGCGGAGGCAAGACCGUCAUUCUAAACACCCUGGCCCGCGCACAGACUAAGCUUGGCAAGAAGACGCACCUGUAUACCAUCAACCCCAAGGCCAUCUCGGUUUCGGAGCUCUACGGUGUGCUGGACAAAGAUACUCGUGACUGGACGGACGGACUGCUGUCCAACAUAUUUAGGGAGAUGAACAAGCCGCUGCCACCGGAGCGCGACGAGGCGCGCUACCUGGUGUUCGAUGGCGAUGUGGACGCGGUUUGGGUGGAGAACAUGAACUCGGUCAUGGACGACAACAAGCUGCUCACACUGCCCAACGGAGAACGCAUCCGGCUGCAGAACCACUGCAAACUGUUGUUCGAGGUGUUCGAUUUGCAAUUCGCGUCCCCUGCUACCAUCAGCAGGUGCGGCAUGGUGUACGUAGACAGUCGCAACCUGGGCUACAAGCCCUACAUCUAUACCUGGCUCAACUCCCGUGCCAAGCAGAACGAGGUGGACAUCCUGCGCGGACUGUUCGAGAAAUACGCCGUGCCUGCUGUGGACUGGGUGCUGGAGGGCAUCGAUGGAGAAGAGCUGGUCCGACGGCCCAAGCAGGCGGUGCCCGUUACGUCGCUCAACAUGAUCACGCAGCUGUGCAACCUGCUCAACACCACCAUCACCGACCACCCCCGCAUGAGCGACCCGCAAAUCCUGGAGGCCAUCUUCCUCUUCUGUACCGUCUGGUCGCUGGGCGCUGCACUGGUUCAGCGGCCCGAGUGCCCCGAUCGCGACCGCUUCGACGCGUUCGUGAAGCACAUCGCGUCCAUGGGUCUGGUGGACGGGGAGCGAGUAGCCGCCACACAGCUGCCUGCUCGCUCGCUCUACGAGUAUUGCUUCGACACCAACGAGGGCGUGUGGAAGAGCUGGAGGUCGUACCUGCAGGCCUACGAGCCGCCUUCGGACGGCGCGUUCAGCAAGAUCCUCGUGCCCACCGUGGACGUGGUCAGGUCCACCUGGUUGUUGAACACGGUGGUGUCCUCGGGGAAGCCCUGCCUGUUUGUGGGUGAGAGCGGCACUGCCAAGUCGGUCACCAUCGCCAACUACCUGGCGCAUCUGGACGCCAACAUCAACAUCGUGCUCAACGUCAACUUCUCCUCCAGGACCAGCUCGUUGGACGUACAGCGUGCUAUUGAGGACUCCACGGAGAAGAGGACGAAGGACACAUACGGCCCACCCAUGGGCAAGCGACUGCUUAUGUUCAUCGAUGACCUCAACAUGCCUCGCGUAGAUACGUACGGCACACAGCAGCCCAUCGCGCUGCUCAAGCUCUUCAUUGAGCGACGCGGGCUGUACGACCGCGGCAAGGAGCUAAGCUGGAAGAACAUGAAGGAUGUGCAGGUGGUGGCUGCCAUGGGACCGCCCGGCGGUGCACGCAACCCCGUCGACCCGCGGUUCAUCUCGUUGUUCAACGUGUUUGAGAUCCAGUUCCCGUCCAAUGAGAACCUGCGCACCAUUUACCAGGCCAUCUUGACUCGUCACCUGGCCAAGCUGCCCUCGGACGAGAUCCGUGACCAGCUAGGCGAACGCCUCACCGACGUGACACUGGAGCUGUACAACUUCAUCAUCGACAAGCUGCCGCCCACGCCCUCGCGCUUCCACUACAUCUUCAACCUCCGUGACCUGUCGCGCAUCUACGAGGGCCUGCUGCUGUCCAUAGGCGACUGCUUCAAGACACCAGAGCAGUUCCUCCGCCUGUGGCGCAAUGAGUCGCUCCGUGUGCUUCACGACCGGCUGAUCAGCACGGAGGACAAGCGAUUGGUGGUGGAACGCAUGGAGGCGCUGGUGCAGCAGAAGUUUCCCAACCUGGCGGCCUAUACGCUGGCAUCACCGGUGCUGUUCGGGGACUUCAAGCAUGCUGUGAACGAGCUGCUAGGCGAGGGCGAGGUUGCUCCCCGUAUGUACGAUGACCUCGGCGACUACGCAUCCAUCAAGCCGCUGUUCGAGGAGAUCAUGUCCAUCUAUAACCGCAAGCGCAAGCCCCUCAAUUUGGUUUUCUUCGAGGAUGCGCUCGAGCACCUCACGCGUAUCCACCGCACGCUGAGGCUGCCGCAGGGUAAUUGCCUGCUGGUCGGUGUGGGCGGCAGCGGCAAGCAGAGCCUGUCCCGCCUGGCGGCCUUCACGGCGGGCUGCGAGGUGUUCGAGAUCACUCUCACACGUGGUUACGACGAGACGGCGUUCCGCGAGGACCUCAAGCGCCUGUACGGCAUGCUGGGCGCCGAUAAUAAGCGCGUCAUGUUCCUGUUUACUGAUGCACACGUGGCGGAUGAAGGCUUCCUGGAGCUCAUUAACAACAUGCUCACCAGUGGGAUGGUGCCUGCGCUGUAUGACGGCCCGGAGAAGGACGGUCUCAUUAGCGGCGUGCGCGCUGAGGUCGAGAAGAAGGGCCUGCUGGCGACCAAGGAAUCGUGCUGGGCCUACUACGUGGACAAGUGCCGCAACAACCUGCACGUGGUGCUGGCCAUGAGCCCUGUGGGCGAGUCGCUGCGCUCGCGGUGCCGCAACUUCCCGGGCAUGGUCAACAACACUGUCAUCGACUGGUUCGAGCCCUGGCCCGAGCAGGCGCUCACCAGCGUGGCCACCGUGUUCUUGGCCGAGGAGCAGCUGCCUGAGGCGCUGCGGCCGCUAAUCGUGGAGCACAUGGUCACGGUGCACCAGAGCGUGAGGACGUUCUCAGCGCGAUUCCUGGAGGAGCUGCGGCGCUACAACUACGUGACGCCCAAGAACUAUCUAGACUUCAUUAACAACUACAAGCGCGCGCUGGCUUCCAACCGGCGCACCAUCCAGGACACCGUCAGUCGGCUGUCUGGCGGACUUGAGAAGCUUAUCCAGGCGGCGGUGGAGGUAGACGCAAUGCAGAAGGAGCUCAGCCAGGCCAAGGUGGUUGUGGAGCAGGCUACUAAGGAGUGCAAUGAGCUGCUGGAGAUCAUCAGCACGAACACGGUGGAAGUGGAGGCCAAGGCCAAGGCGGCCGGUGAGAAGGAGGCACAGCUCAAGAUUGAUGCUGAGCAGAUCUCGGUGGAGAAGGCGGAGGCGGAGGCGGCGCUGGAGGAGGCGAUUCCAGCACUGGAGGAGGCGGCGGCGGCGUUGCAGGACCUGUCCAAGGACCAUAUCACCGAGAUCCGCUCUUUCUCAAAGCCACACGACAUGGUCCAGAAGGUGUGCGAGUGCGUGGUGAUCCUGCGCAACCUGAAGGACGUGUCCUGGGCGGGCGCCAAGGCCAUGAUGGCGGAUGGCAACUUCCUGCGCACGUUGCUGGAGUUCGACAAGGACUCGCUGACGGAUAAGCAGGUCAAGCGUGUUAAGGAGUACCUCAAGGACAAGAACUUCAACUACGAUAGCCUUAAGGCGAGUGACGGCGAAGAUUGCUUUUGUUCACAUGCAACCCACGAAUGUGCUUGUCCUCGGCGCCGCAUGGCUGUCGGCAUCAUGUGCGUGCAUGUACACAACAUUAGUAUCGCCGGUGCGGGUUUACUCAAGUGGGUUUUGGCGAUGGUCAACUACAACAACGUGGCUCGCACUGUGGAACCUAAGCGCAAGAAGGUGGCGGAGAGCGAGAAGAAUCUGCGCAUCGCUCAAAAGGACUUGGCCAACACCAAGGCCGAGCUUCAGUCGCUCAACCAGCAGCUCAGCCACCUGAGGCAGCAGUUCGAGGAGAAGACGGCGGAGCAACAAGACCUCAAGGCCAAGGCCGACCUGAUGGAGCGCCGUCUGCUGGCCGCGUCCAAGCUCAUCGCUGGCCUGGGCUCCGAGCGCGAGCGCUGGACCCGUGACAUCGCUGACCUGGAGGCCCGCCGCGACCGCCUCAUCGGCGACUGCCUGCUCACUUCCUCAUUCUUGUCCUACACGGGCGCCUUCACGGCCACGUACCGAUACGCUAUGGUGUACGAGAUGUGGCAGGACGAUGUUCGCGAGCGGGGUGUGCCGCUGACACAGCCCUUCCGACUGGAGUCACUGUUGACGAGUGAUGUGGAGACGACGGCCUGGGCGAGUGAAGGGCUACCCAGCGACGAGCUGUCCAUCCAGAACGGCAUCCUUACUGUGCGGGCCAACCGUUGGCCGCUUUGCAUAGACCCGCAGAUGCAAGCGGUCAACUGGAUUAAGAGCCGCGAGGGUAAGAUGCUGGAGGGCAAGGUGAAGACGUUUAACGACAGUGACUUCCUGAAGCAGCUGGAGCUGGCUAUCCAGUACGGCUUCCCCUUCCUAUUUGAGAAUCUGGACGAGUACAUCGACCCGGUCAUUGACCCGGUGCUGGAGAAGAACCUCGUGCCUGGCAGCACCGGCAAAGCGGUGAUCAAGCUGGGUGACAAGGAGGUGGAGUGGGACAACAACUUCCGGCUGUACAUGACCUCAAAGCUGUCUAACCCCCACUACGGCCCGGAGAUCAGCGGAAAGACCAUGAUCAUCAACUACGGUGUCACACAGCAGGGUCUUACGGAGCAGCUGCUGAACGUGACUCUGCGCCACGAGCGUGCUGAUCUAGAGGAGGCCCGCGAGGCACUGAUCAAGCAGAUGAGUGAGAACAAGGCCACCCUGCAGGCCCUGGAGGACACACUGCUGCGGGAGCUGUCCAACGCACAGGGUAAUAUCCUGGACAACGGAGAGCUCAUCGCCACACUGGAGAGCGCCAAGCUGAAGGCGGUGGAGAUCGCGGAGAAAUUGGAGGCGUCCAAGGUAACGGCUGCCGAGAUUGAGGAGACUCGCGUGCGCUACAGCCCCGCGGCCAAGCGUGGCGCCAUCCUGUUCUUCGUCAUCGCCGGCCUGUCCGCCAUCACCAACAUGUACGAGUACAGCCUGGCGUCCUUCCUUGUGGUUUUCAACGGCUCGCUGCACAACUCCCGUCGUGACGCCUCCAUCGAGGGGCGCCUGCGCAACAUCAUCGACACGCUCACCUACGACGUGUACGCCUACACUUGCCUGGGUUUGUUUGAGCGCCACAAGCUCAUGUUCUCUUUCCAGAUGACGUCCAAGGUCCUGGAGGGCGAGACCCCGCUGGAUCCGGCGCUCCUGGACUUCUUCCUCAAGGGCAACCUCAGUUUGGAGAAGGCCGCGCGGCGCAAGCCUUUUGACUGGUUCCCCGAUGCUGGGUGGCAGGACCUGAUGCGGCUGGUGGAGCUGGGGCAGAAGAAGGUGGGGCCAGAUGGCCGCAUGCACGCAUUGGCCAGUCUGGCCAAUGAUAUCGAGUCUGACGAGGGUGCCUGGCGGUCCUACUACGACCUGGAGGCGCCCGAGGAGGCGGAGCUGCCCAUGGGCUACCACUCCUUCCUCACCGACUUCGAGAAGCUGUGUCUGCUGCGCUGCCUGCGCAUGGAUCGCGUCACCGUUGGCAUCACGCGCUUUGUGAUCAGCGUCAUGGGUGAGAAGUACGUGCAACCGCCUGUGCUCGAGUACCGCGCCAUCUACAAGCAGAGCUCCGAAAACACGCCCAUUGUUUUCGUGCUCUCGCCUGGCGCCGAUCCGGCCUUCGAUGUGUUCAAGUUGGGCGAGGAGAUGGGCUUCAGGCCGGGCGCCAAGCUCAAGUACAUGGCCUUGGGCCAGGGCAUGGGCCCCAAGGCGCAAGAGCUGAUUGAGACGGGCGCCACCCGCGGGCUGUGGAUCAUGUUGCAAAACUGCCACUUGCUGCCCACCUGGCUCAAGACGCUGGAGAAGAUUCUGGAGAAGAUCACCAAGCCCCACCACGACUUCCGUCUGUGGCUCACCACGGAGCCCACCGACCGCUUCCCGCUGGGAGUGCUGCAGCGCUCACUCAAGGUGGUGACGGAACCGCCCAAUGGCCUGAAGCUCAACAUGCGUCAGAGCUACUCUAAGAUCACGGAGGACGUGCUGGCCGACUGCCCGCAUGCAGCCUUCCGGCCGCUGGUCUACGUGUUGGCCUUCUUCCACGCCGUCGUGCAAGAGCGGCGCAAGUAUGGCAAGCUUGGAUGGAACGUACCGUAUGACUUCAACGAGACGGACUUCCGCAUCUCCAUGGCGCUCAUCUCCACCUACCUGACCAAGGCCUGGGACGCUCAGGACGACCUCAUCCCCUGGGGCACCCUGCGCUACCUCAUUGGGGAGGCCAUGUACGGCGGCCGCGUGUCGGACAGCUACGAUCGGCGCAUUCUCACCACCUACUUGGAUGAGUAUCUGGGGGAUUUCUUGUUCGACACCUUCCAGCCCUUCCACUUUUACGCAUGCAAGGAUUACGUCAUCUCCAUCCCAUCCAGCGGGCCCCGGGACGUGUACCUCAAGGCCAUUGAGGCGCUGCCCCUGGUCCAGAGCCCGGAGGCGUUCGGUCUUCAUGCCAACGCCGACAUCUCCUACUACACCUCCGCGACCAAGGCCAUCUGGGCCGACCUGGUGGACCUUCAGCCGCGAACCGGUGGCGGCGGUGGCGGCGUGGGCCGUGAGGAGUUCAUCGGCGGCGUGGCACGUGACAUCUCCGCCAAGAUCCCCGAGCCGUUCGACCUGCCCCAGCUACGCAAGGAGCUGGGCACACCCAGCCCCACUCAGGUGGUACUGCUACAGGAGCUGGAGCGCUGGAACGGCGUCCUGGCGGUCAUGGUCUCCUCCCUGCGGGACCUGCAGCGCGCGCUGAGUGGCGAGAUCGGCUUCUCCUCCCGGCUGGAGGAACUGGCGUCCAGCCUCUUCAACGGCAAGCUGCCGGCCAUGUGGGCCCGGCUAAAUCCCGCCACAGAAAAGGCUCUGGGUGCCUGGAUGCUGUGGUUCGGCCGGCGGUACAAGCAGUACAAGGAUUGGACGGAGCAUGGAGAGCCGAAGGUGAUUUGGCUGUCCGGUCUGCAUAUACCGGAGACCUACAUCGCAGCGCUGGUGCAGGCGGCCUGUCGCGACAAGGGCUGGCCGCUGGAUAAGUCGACGCUGUACACCAAGGUUACCAAGUUCACAGACCCCUAUCAGGUCACGGAACGUCCGCGCUACGGCUGCUACAUGACGGGGCUGUACCUGGAGGGCGCUGCGUGGGACAUUGAGGAGGGGCAGCUACGCAAGCAGGACCCCAAGGUGCUGGUCACGGAGCUGCCCAUCCUGCAGGUAAUCCCAAUUGAGGCCAACAAGCUCAAGCUCGCCAACACCUUCCGUGCACCGGUCUACGUGACCCAGGCGCGACGUAACGCCAUGGGCGUGGGCCUGGUGUUCGAUGCAGACCUGGCGUCCAGCGAGCACUCGAGCCACUGGGUGCUGCAGGGGGUUGCGCUUGUGCUCAAUAUUGACCAGUAAAAGGUAGACUUGGCACGGAGGGUGGCGCAGCGAGGGCAAGUAGGUCAUUAGGGACUUUCAUUCCGUCAGCAGCAGCAGGGGCUUUGGCCAGGAAGGAGGGAGCUGGCUUUGACUUUGGGUUGUGCCGGGGUUGGGCGCCGCCACACCAUGCGCAGCUU